CUAAAAAUUAAAAAUUAAAAAAAAAAUCUGCGAAGUUUUUCUCCUUUUCUCUCUCUAAAACCUCAAAAAGGGAAAACCCAAUGGAACUGAAUGAAAACCGACAACACUACUUCACCACCAACACCUCCACCUCUGUCACCAGUGCUCCGUCACCGACCAAUGGGCUUCUGCCACCUAAUGAAAGUGGAGGGUCCCACCACAUGCUGUACCCUCACUCUGUGCCUUCGUCGGUGACGUCGCCCUUGGAGCCAGCUAGGAGGAAGAGAGGUAGGCCUAGGAAGUAUGGCACCCCGGAACAGGCCAUGGCCGCUAAGAAAACGGCGUCGUUGAGCUCGAAGGAAAGGAGAGAACAGCAACAGCAGUUGGUUCUUGGUGGCGGCAGUGGUUCGCUUUCUGGGUCUUCUAAGAAGUCUCAGUUGGUUGCUUUAGGCAAUGCAGGUCAAGGUUUUACUCCACAUGUUAUCAAUGUAGUUGCAGGAGAGGAUGUGGGCCAAAAAGUAAUGAUGUUCAUGCAACAAAGCAAGCGUGAAAUAUGUAUUUUGUCUGCAUCUGGUACGAUCUCUAAUGCAUCUAUCCGCCAGCCAGCAACAUCAGGUGGUAACAUUGCAUAUGAGGGCCGGUUUGAGAUCAUUUCACUUUCUGGAUCUUAUGUUCGGACUGAAAUUGGAGGGAGGACUGGUGGGCUCAGUGUAUGUCUAUCAAGUGCAGAUGGCCAGAUCAUUGGUGGAGGAGUUGCUGGACCUCUAAAGGCUGCUGGCCCGGUUCAGGUUAUUGUCGGUACAUUUAUGGUUGACAACAAGAAGGAUGUUAGUGCUGGUGCAAAAGAUGAUGCCUCUGGCAGCAAGGUGCCAUCUCCGGUUGGUGGGACUUCAGUAUCUAAUGUUGGCUUUCGCUCAGCUUUUGAAACUUCAGGAAGAAAUCCAAUUGGGGGAAAUGAUGAUCAUCAAAGUUUCGGAGGAAGCCAUUUCUUGAUGCAAAUGCGGGGCAUGCAUUGGAGGACUGGUCUAGAUGAUAGAACUGGUUUCGAUUUGACAGGAAAAACAAGUCAUGGAGCUCAUCGAUCUCCAGAAAACGGGGACUAUGAUCAGAUUGCAGAUUAGAUAUCUUUUGUCGUAGAUAUUUAAGUCAACUUAUUUGCAAAGAGCUAAUUGAUGUACAGCUCCUUGGCCCUUGCGUCUCUGCCGGAGUGUAAUAUGAUAUACCUGUACAGGUCGGCCCGUUACUCUUUUGUUAGUUGAUACUGAUUAGUGAUUAGAUCAUGCACCCAUAAUGUAAGGAGAUGGCCUUUAGAAAUCCUAGUCCUUUGCCUUGUUAUUGAAAUGCUUUCUAUUAUUGUCGCUAAUAACUUGCUUACUUUGAGUUUGAGUUGCAUAAAUCCUCACCUGUUUAGGGCAAAUGGUGGGUGGUGGAGGCUAAUCAUGCACAACCUGAAUGAUAAAGCAUAACAGUUUGUUCAUUUAGGUUCCCUUUUGCAGCAUGAUUGGAGGGAUUUUCAUCGCAUCAUGGUAUCGUUUUGUGAUUA